AAAAAAAAAAAAAAACACUCCUAGUCUUACAACAAGAGCCACCUUCCUCUGACCCAAUUAUAGGUUUGCUUUAUAAUCAGUUACUGACCAUCUUUGAUCAUUGGUUAAGGCAUAUUAUGGAGCAAGAAAUGGAGAGGAGAGAGAGAGGUCAUGGAGAAGAAGGAGAAGGUGGUGAUGAGAAGUGGGUUCAUGAUUCAUCUGUGGAUUAUAAAGGAAGAGUUCCUCCUCGAGCUUCAACUGGCGUGUGGAAAGCUGCCUCCUUCAUUAUCACAAUUGAGCUUAGUGAGAGGCUGAGCUACUUUGGAUUAGCAACCGAUCUCUUCAAUUACUUCUCUAAAGUGCUUCAUCAAGACUCCAAAACAGCAGCAAAGAAUGUAAAUUACUGGAUAGGAGUCACAACCGUGAUGCCCCUACUGGGAGGAUUUCUUGCCGAUGCCUAUACUGGUCAAUUUUAUACUGUCCUCCUUUCAUCCAUCAUCUAUGUCAUGGGUUUAAGCCUCUUGACAAUGUCUCAGUUCAUCCCAAGGCUAAAACCAUGCAGCAAUAGGAAACAUUGUGAGCAUCCUAGGAAGGUUCAUGAGGUGGUGUUCUUUCUUGGCAUGUACUGUGUCUCUCUAGGAACUGGGGGACACAAGCCCUGCUUGGAAAGCUUUGGUGCUGAUCAGUUUGAUGACAAUCACCCUGUCGAGAGGAAGAAGAAAAUGUCUUACUUUAACUGGUGGAAUUUUGCAUUAUGUUGUGGUCUUUUAGCUGGUGUAACUGUUAUAGUUUAUGUUGACGAGUAUGUGGGCUGGGGUGCUUCCUAUCUCAUUCUCACGUCUUGUAUGGCCUUUACCAUCCUAACCUUCUAUGCCGGGAAGCGUUUCUACCGCUAUAGGUUGCCUGAAGGGAGUCCCUUGACCCCCAUGUUGCAGGUUUUGGUUGCAGCCAUAGCCAAGAGAAAUCUACCUUAUCCUUCCAAUCCUGAUUUGUUGUAUGAAGUUCCCAAGUCACACAAGUCCAAAGGAAGGCUUCUAUGCCAUACAAAUAAACUAAGGUUUCUUGACAAAGCUGCAAUAAUUGAAGACAAGGAAAGCCUGCAGUCAGUGGAGAAGAAACAAAGUCCAUGGAGACUAGCCACAGUGACGAAAGUUGAGGAGAUGAAGCUUGUUCUGAACAUGAUCCCCAUCUGGUUUACUACCUUAACAUUCGGCCUCUGUGUGGCACAGGCCACUACAUUCUUCAUCAAACAAAGCGACACAAUGAACCUAGAGAUUAUUAAAGAUGUCAGCAUCCCAUCAGCUUCCAUCUACUCUAUUUCAGCAGUUGGAAUGAUCAUUUCAGUCACCAUCUAUGAGAAGAUCCUAGUUCCACUACUAAGGAGAGCCACUGGAACCGAAAGAGGCAUCAAAAUCCUCCAGAGAAUCGGAUUUGGAAUGAUAUUCUCAGUUCUAUCAAUGAGCACCGCAGCCUUAGUGGAGAGAAAGAGGCUAAGAGUUGCAGAGGAGGAGCUCACAGGAGGGAAAACUGGGCCAGUAUCCAUGAGUGUGCUUUGGCUAGCUCCCCAAUACCUAAUCCUUGGGUUUGGUGAUGGGUUCACGCUUGUUGGCUUGCAGGAGUAUUUCUAUGGCCAAGUCCCGGAUUCCAUGAGAAGCUUAGGCAUAGCCUUCUACCUCAGUGUGAUCGGAGUAGGGAACUUCUAUAGCAGUUUACUGAUAACUGUGGUGGAUCAUGCCACAGAGAAGAGUAAUGGAACAAGCUGGUUCCGGAAGGACUUGAACAAGAGCCGGUUGGACAACUUCUACUGGCUGCUGGCAGCCAUGUCUGGACUCAAUUUAUGUGUUUUUGUGUUCUUGGCGAAGAGGUACUCCUAUAAGAGCGUGGAGGGGAGGCUGGUGGUGGCUGGUUGUGAAGAAAAUGGUGUGAGCUGAUCUGGGCUGUUUGGAUUUUUUUUUUUUUUUUUUUUUUCUCUUCUAAAGUGGGUGAUGAAGUUGCUGAUUAGAUCCCUGUGUCUUAUUGAUUUAUGUAGACAUUUCAAGCUUUUGCAGAAAUUUGAUCUCUUCAUCGUCUGUUGACUCA